AUGGAUUAUGGAUUGGCAAAGGAUCUACAAUUUAACAGCUUGCUGAAAAUCCUUUAUAUCCUCCCAGCAGUAGUUUAUGGUCAGCUGCUCCCUUUGGAAGAUGCAGAAUAUGAUGAGCAAGUGGCCAAAGGGGUGCAUAACCGCUCAGUGAGGCUGGCAUGUGGUAACAUAGUGCAACCUCUGGUUGUCUUCUGGAGUUUCACCAAACCUGGCUCCCUCAUUCCCAGAGCUGUGGCCAUCAGCAAUGGCCUUGAGUCCAAGGUGGAGAAGGCCUCUGCCGUUCUGGGGGAGAUCAGUUUGAGGAACAGUACCUUAGAGAUUAAGAAACUGCAACAAGCUGCUGAGGGACAUUUCAUGUGCCAAGCCAUGUACGAAGUGGAUGGAGAGAUCAAAGUGGCUUAUUUCUACAUUGAGCUUCUUGUCUUGGUCCCAGUUCCCAAGCCCUUUCUGCAGAUAAACAAUUCAACACCCGUGGAAGGCAUGCCGGUUGUGAUGAUCUGCACAGUGAAAGAAGGGACACCUCCUAUCGCUUAUACUUGGCAGCGCUACACUAACCGAGAUGGCAUGGUAGUUCUUGCUGAAGCAGGGAUGGAUUUCUUAAACCUGACCUCAGCAAACCGGACAUACAUGGGUUGGUACACCUGCACAGCCCACAAUGAGGUCAACAGCCAAACCAGCGAUGGGAUGUACCUUGACGUUAUCUAUGGUCCAGAUGAGCCAGUGAUCAGCAUAGAGCCAUUUGCAAUUAACCAACAUGGCUUCUCAGCCAAUGAACAAGAAGAGGUGAUUAUGACAUGCCUAGCUCCUUCCAAUCCUCCCAGCCACUACAUUUGGUUCUACAACAGCUCUCAAGUCUAUUCCGGACAGAAGUAUGUGAUUGCCAGAAUCUCACGGACUCAAACAGGCAUCUAUACUUGCCUUGCUCAGAAUAUGCACCUGAAUACUCGGACCCAGGCCACUAUUAUCUUGACUGUCUAUUAUCUGCCCAAGGGACAGCUCAAAUGCAUGUCGCUGCCUGCCUCCAAUUUCCAAGACCUUGCUCUACAUUGUUUAUGGCCAGGGGGAUUCCCUUCAGUGCAGUUGCGGUGGGUAAAAUCGAGGGCAGAAGAAACUGACAUGGGAAGCUUCUCCAGAGCUAUUCAAAUCCAUCAGGGUGCGGACAUUUCCAAUGGGACUUCCUAUAUCUGCCUGGCUUCCCAUCCAGCACUGAGAAAGGAUGCCAUUUGCAGGACCACUGUCUGUGGAGAACCUCAGGUGACACUCUGGUGGAGAGACUGGAGGCAUCAUGUGCUGGGAAGCAUGAAACCAUCAUACAAUGUUUUUGUCAUGAAGCCCAACGCCACUCUUGGAGGCAAGACCUUCACCUGCAUGGCAGCUCAUCCUCUGUGGGCAAGAACUGCUGAGUGCCACAUCCGGCUGGAACCCCCCAGGAUUAUGGUGCAAUGGUCCCAGGUGUCGUUGUUUGAAGGCAGCGAGGUCCAGUUGGCCUGCUUCCUCCAAGGUGCCUAUUUGGUCUCUGAAGUCUUCUGGUACAAUAAUAAGAACCAGCCCAUUACAGCAAGCGCUAGGAAAUACCACCUGCAGCAGGAGAAUGCUUGGUUUAAUUUGACUCUCCAGGACACAGAAUGGAUACGGGACAGUGGCACCUACCGAUGUGCUGCCAUCAACGCUGUGGGCAAUGCCUCUGCCACCAUCAGCCUCCAGGUAAAAAAAUAUCCCAACCCACCCAAUGUGACAAUCAGCAGGCUGAUGUACACUCGUCCCCGUACAGAGGUGGAACUGGAAUGGGAAACUCGAGGCUCAGGAAACCUGACUGGCUUUAUAGUCCAAAGGAGAGAAGCAAAAAAGACCGGCCCAAAGCAGGUGGCCAGCAGCUGGGAAACAGUGGCCAACAACAUUGACCCUGAUGUCCGUGGCCGAAAACUGGGUGGUCUGGAUCCUGCAGUGGCCUAUGCUUUCCGGAUCCUUGCAGUCAACCAUCGCACCACUGGGCACCCCUCUGAAGUGAAGACUCCAGCUGACCCUCCUUUCAAUGCAUAUCCUGUGGUGAUCGGGGCUGCUCUGGCAGGAAUGGUUGUGGCAACAGUCAUCUCUCUUCUAGUUUUUCAGUACAUCGUACGGAAUCGGGAGAAUAACCCAAGGUUACAUGACCUGCUCUUCAGAAUGGCUGGAGCUGAAACUCGUGAACAAAUCGGGACCCCAGAAGAUGCUGAGAUGCCAACAGGAAUUAGUGAUGCAGCCAAUGAGCAAGUUGAAGAAGCAAGUGAGCAGGUUGGAGAGACUUCCACAACAACACCAGCAGAGGCAAUUCAGAAGGAAGCUGUGGUGUCUUCAGAGGAUCCAACAGGGGCCCAGGAAGAAGUGCCAGCCCCCAGUCUUCCUUCUGAGGAUCCAGUUAAUGUUACAAUCACAGUGACAGCCACCCCAUGACUACCAGUAAAUCUGACUCUUUAGCACUCAAGGUAGGGUAGGUUGGUUAAAGAUCUCCUUGAUCAGCAAAAGAAAGAAAGAAGCACAGGGAACAACUGUGGAGCAUAGGAGAACCUGUGAGUGUCAUUCCAGUUUUGGUGUUAUGCAAGGCCUUUCCAAAAAGGACCUCAGAAAAGUAGAAGACCAUAUCUGAAGAGAUUUCAUUGUCACCCACAGAACCAAAGUGCAUCUUUGAGUAAGAGCUAUUUUGCAAAAAAUAGGAGUGUUUUUCUGUAAACUGACAAACUGGCAGAGAAGUUACAAUAUGGGAUCAGGCAUAAACUAGACAACUUUGAAGCAAUUUAUUUUCCUGGGAUUGCAGAUGCUGCAGAGAUCACAGCUGGGUCACUGAAACAGAACUCAUGGAUCAACAAAUGCUGAACUUUUUGUUAAGAACUGUGUACAAUUUUGUUAAGCUGUUUCAUGCACUGGUAUCAGAGACAUCUUGUUUUCUUAGGGAUGGAAAACUCAAGGGCUUGAAUUGCAUGGAUGUAAGAUGAGUCCAUGCUGUUUUGAAGCUUUGCCUCCAUUUAACUUCACCAUCCUAAAAUGCAACAGAUAAAUUGAA